GCGGGGCCUGGGCAGCAGCUGGGCCUGGGCCCGGCCCCGUGUCAGCAGCCGGGCCCGGAAGCGCUCCCCGCACCCUGUCGCCUCCUGGCACUGCCAGCUCGGCACUGGGAGCGGGCGGUGGCGGAGGAAGGGCCGUCCCGCCCGCCGUCAGGCGCAGAUGGGCGGCUUCCCGCUGAGCAGAACGUCGGGAGGGGUGAGGGCGGCUCCUCCCGUUGAGUUUGGCUUUGGUCUUCCCCUGUUCCCGCCAGGAUGCUGGUGGCCUGCGGCAUGCAGCGAUGUCACCAGGAAGCGCUGAAGAGGAACCGGGUGAUGCUGGCGAAACAGCUGGUGUUGAAGGAGCUGAUGGAGCAUAUGGUAGAGAAGGAUAUCAUCACCACGGAGAUGGUGGAAAUUAUACAGGCCAAGUCUGGCAGCUUCAGCCAAAAUGUGGAAUUCCUCAAUUUGCUGCCCAAGAGGGGCCCUAAUGCCUUCUCAGCCUUCUGUGAAGCUCUACGAGAAACGAAACAACAGCAUCUGGAGGCAGUGAUCUUGAAGACAACAUCCAACCUGAGCCAUGGGAUCACAAGGCUUGAACACUGUUAUGGAUCAAAUCUUCCAUUCCCUACCAGUGAAUCAUGUAUUUCGAAGAGACCACGCUGGAUUGAACCAAUGGAACAUUCCUUGGAUAAUGGAGAUGGUCCCCCAGUUCCCCCAGUGAAGUACUGCACCCCUGAGUUUUAUUAUGAUCAUCAGCACUUGGCAUAUAAACUGAUAUCAGAGCCCCGAGGCUUAGCACUGAUUCUCAGCAAUGUCCAUUUCAGCAGUGAGAAGGACUUGGAGUAUCGCGCAGGGGGAGAUGUGGACUGUACUUCCCUGGAGGUGCUUUUCAAGCAUCUUGGGUAUCAAGUGACUGUCUUUCGUGAUCAAACAGCACAGGAGAUGCAGAAGGCAUUAGAGAGAUUCUCUAAGUUGCCAGAUCAUCAGGAUGUGGAUUCCUGCAUUGUGGCUUUACUUUCCCAUGGUGUGGAGGGUGGGGUUUAUGGAAGUGAUGGCACACUACUACAGUUACAAGAGGCUUUCCAGCUCUUUGAUAAUGCAAACUGUCCAAAUCUCCAGAAUAAGCCCAAAAUGUUCUUUAUUCAGGCCUGCCGGGGAGAUGAGACAGACCGGGGAGUGGAUCAAAGAGAUGGGAAAGAAUGGUCAGAGUCCACUGGCUGUGAAGAAAGUGAUGCAAACAAAGAAGAAAAUCUCAAACUUCGCCUGCCUACGUGCUCUGAUAUGAUCUGUGGAUAUGCUUGCCUGAAAGGCACUGCAGCGAUGCGGAACACCAAGCGUGGGUCCUGGUAUAUUGAGGCUCUCACCUCUGUGUUUGCAGAGGACGCCCGAGACACUCAUGUGGCUGACAUGUUGGUGAAGGUGAAUAGGCAAAUCAAGCAACGAGAAGGUUAUGCCCCAGGCACAGAAUUUCACCGCUGCAAGGAAAUGUCAGAAUAUUGUAGCACACUCUGUCAGGACCUUUACCUGUUUCCUGGCUACUUGCCAGGAAAAUAACCCUGCCAGCUAUGUUGGAAGAGAGAUGCUGCCAAAGCUGUACUUUUGGGUAUGAAUGUCUACAUUUUCAUUCUUGAGGGCUGCGACAUCAGAUCCACAAGCAAGACGUGCUUGUUUAUAUCUGGCCAGUGCAAUUCAUGUUGUCUCUUUCUAAAAUAUUCUGGCAGCUCUUUGUCAUCUGAUUCAGUUCAGGUUUAAAAUUCUAAUCUCCUGACUUACUCUAUAUGUAUGGAAAUUCCUCGAAAGAUGAUCAGCACUGGAACUGGGAAGAAGUGGGAACAUCCUUUGGAAGGAGACAUAUGGGAAUUUGUAAGCCAAGUGAAUAUGAAACAGACUGCUCAUACAGUUGUUUUUUUAAAAAAGCUAAGCCUUUCUGAAAGGAAAGCUAUUCAUAAAAUGCAAUGUAUCUUGUAUUAUAAAAAUUUUUAAUACUUUCUGCCUGGUUCUUCAUGCAGGGCAAUCUGCUCCUGUGCACAUUAAAAGAGGCUCCAUUGUGAAGGAGAAUCCUCCCCUCUCUAAAAUGGAAGGCUACUGUUUCCAGUACUUCACAUUUUCCUACCCACCUUGAUGAUUUACAAGUUAAGUAUGUAUGUAGCCAAGUUACCAAGAGAGCUACGAGACAUCCCAGGUUAUCAGCAAAACAAACGGACAUCCAGAAUUUCUAACAUGGACAAAUAAGCCUCCAUAAACUGCCCCAGAAAUAGUUUUGAAUCUAGAAAUUCUAGAUUACCUCCCCUUAGUCCCAAGAGUAAACAACAGCAUAGAAUAUUACUUUUGAGGAAUUUGUUUUCCAUAGUACCUGUGUGAUGCAACAGGCAUAGCAUUCAAUCCACCAACUUCUCAGGAGUCUGUAAAUUGCACUGUACAACUGAAUACCUGAAACCCUACAGCCUUGUAAAAAAGGAUCUUUUGUUUAAUUAACAAAAAUAGUCAAGGCAGCUUUUACAGUCCAAGCAUGUUGCUUGGAUUAUUUAUCACUGUAGUUUUGUUUGUUCCCCUUUUAAAUGAAAGGGAAGAGUUUUACAUUAUUACCCUGUUAUAUCAGUUUUCUUUUUUCAGCCCUGAUCAUUUAAACCUGUUUGUUUAGCUACUGUUGUUUGCAAAAUGUCAUUUUAACUGGUCAAUAAGAAAUAAUCCAUGACUUAGUUUGGAAAUUCCUUGCACCGUCUCCUUAUGAUGUAAUUUGUCUCUUGUUUAUGUCCAGUUGCAGUUAUUUCCCUAUGAUACUAUGUGGGAGAUGGGCAUUGUUCUCUUUUUGUGGUAGAGCCUACACCCUGACAUAUGGACAGACUUCACUUGAGUCUCACUCCAUUUUGUAGCAGUAAAUUGGCAUAAUCCCUGGCUUACUCUUUUUAUAUAAGCGUGGCUUUUAGAAUCUUUUUUUCAGGAUUGAAUUAUAAAUGGGAAGGACAAAGGGAUAUGGAGGGAGGCUGGUAAAUUAGGCAUGUGCUUUUUUAUUAUUCUGCCUAGGGAAACAAAGGCUGUGUUUCCUCCAGCUGACAAAGGUGCAGCAUUAACAUGCAUCUUGCAGUUACUUUACACACAAUGUGAUAAGCAGAAUAAGGAUACUUGCCAGUUGGUGCCUUACUCUGAAGUUUGAGAUACCAGUUUAAGAGCUGUUGUACCUCCCUGGAGUAUAAACACUUUAUUCCUGAGUGCUCCCUCUUUGAAAUGGUGCAAUAUUUUAUAUAUAUGUAUAUUGAUUAAGCAGUCCACUCUGAUGGAUUAGAUUUCUGUAGGGUUGCAUCAAGUUGCAUUAUCACUGCCACUUUUGUAUAUACUUUUUAUAUACUUGUAUUUUACUGCCUUGAAGUGUCAAAAUAAAGAAUUUCUUGUUUGAUUAA